GGUGAUGGACCGCAGCAAUGACAAAGCUAUUGAGGUCACCGCUGAGAGCGGGGCUGUGAUUGGUUCAUCACUGCGAGCGACACCGGUUCCCCUCGUCUGGAAGAUGACUGACACCCAGAUUAGCCAAUCGACGUGCUCUUUCCUUCAGAUAGGCGGGAACUCUGGGUUAGUGUGCUGUUAAUUGACGGGGGUGCUGACCAAUAGGAACCGGGUUUGCCCAGAGCUGUCUAGUACGCAGUCAGGUGUGAGGGGCGGGGCCUGCCCUGGGCUGUAAGGGAUAACUGAGGCCGGUUGUUUGUUGUCAUCAAGAUGGAGUUUCUGCUGGGGAAUCCGUACAGUACCCCGGUGGGGCAAUGCAUCGAAAAAGCCACAGAAGGCUCGCUUCCAAGCGAAGACUGGACUCUUAACAUGGAGAUCUGUGACAUCAUCAACGAGACAGAAGAAGGUCCAAAAGAUGCCCUCAGAGCACUGAAAAAAAGGCUAAAUGGAAAUCGGAAUUACAGAGAAGUGAUGCUUGCCCUCACUGUUUUAGAGACCUGCGUUAAAAACUGUGGUCACCGCUUCCACGUCCUGGUGACCCAUCGUGAUUUCAUAGAUGGGGUAAUGGUGAAGAUCAUCUCCCCAAAAAACAACCCUCCAACCAUCGUACAGGACAAAGUGCUGGCGCUGAUCCAGGCUUGGGCUGAUGCAUUUCGGAGCAGCCCUGACCUGACUGGUGUGGUGCAUGUUUAUGAGGAGUUAAAGAGGAAAGGCAUAGAGUUCCCUAUGGCCGAUCUGGACGCGCUGUCUCCAAUACACACACCGCAAAGGAGCGUGCCUGAGGUUGAUCCUGCUACCAACAUGCACACGUCUCAGACCCAGAGAAAAACUAACUCCAGCACCUUGUCCACUCCUUCGUCAACUCCAUCGCUAUACAGCACCCCAGCAGUGCCACCACCACCAAAUGUGGGAGGACCCAUCACCGCCAACUCUGAGCAGAUUGGCCGACUCAGGAGUGAACUUGAUAUAGUACGCGGGAACACAAAAGUGAUGUCGGAGAUGCUGACAGAAAUGACUCCUGGACAAGAAGACGCGUCAGACUUGGAACUUUUGCAGGACCUGAACAGGACCUGCCGAGCGAUGCAGCAGAGGAUCGUGGAACUUAUCUCACGAGUGUCCAAUGAAGAGAUAACAGAGGAACUCCUUCAUGUCAAUGACGAUUUAAAUAAUGUUUUUCUUCGAUAUGAAAGGUUUGAAAGAUACAGGUCAGGACGCACGGCACAGAACACUAACGGGGUACUGAAUGAAGUGAAUGAAGAUAAUCUGAUAGACCUUGGGCCUGGAUCCCCUGCUGUGGUUAGCCCGAUGGUCGGGAACACUGCACCUUCGACCCUGACAUCCCAGCUGGGAGUCCUAGACGUGGGUACAAACAAUGUUAGCGCCACUCUGAGCAAUCUGCCCGCCACCAACCCACGAGAUGACUUCGACAUGUUUGCACACACAAGAUCUAAUACGCUGGCUGAUCAGCGGAAAAAUGUAAGGUAUGAGGACCCCCAGGCUCUCGGAGGUCUAGCAUCCGCUCUUGAUGUACGGCAGCAAAACACAGGAGGGAGGAGAGGUAGAGGUGGAAGUACAGACGUGGAGCCCAUAGACACAUGGCUCAUCACCCAAGGAAUGAUUCCUGUUGCACACCCCUCAGACAUGGAUGACAUUGAGGAAUGGCUCGGUACUGACCUGAAAGGAGAGGACCAGGAAGAAGGGGUGACCAGUCAAGAAUUUGACAAAUUUUUAGAGGAACGUGCCAAAGCUGCAGAGAGGGUACCGGACCUACCUUCUCCUCCUACAGUAGAGCCCACGUCAACGACAAACCCUUCCAUACGGAAGAAGCAGGAACGUUCCGAGGACACGCUCUUUGCAUUGUAAAUUGUUCCACUCCGCACACUAUACACCGCAACCAUCGCACUACCCUCACCUCCUUAAACUACUGAGAUCAGGCCUGGCAUUAACAGCUUUCUGUGUAAGCACCCAUCAGUGACCCACGAUACGGCCUGGGACAUAUCCCUGUUUGUGUAUUGCUAUAAGAUAUACUGCAGGAAACUAUUAUUCCUCAGACACCUGCUGGAGAACCUCUCUAAUCAAAGCGCCUACAUUUUACGUUUCUGAUAAUAAGCCGUAGCGUUAAGAAGAAUGCCAUUGAAUAGCUCAAUACCCCUUCAUUUCUCCUUGUUGGCUUAACUGCAUAGUAGACACAUUAUGUAUACUGAUGGCUUGAUAUCUCAUCCACUGAAGAAACUUCAUCCUUGGCCUACAAAGUGACAGCCACUGCCUUUCUGUGUUCAUGUUGUUGCUGUAAGUUGUGUGUAAGCCAGUAAUGACUCGCUCCCCUGUGUGGAAACACUUUUUAUAAUGCAGGGUAAAGGAACGGGUCUGAAAUUUUGAGGACAUUAAAGCCUCAUCUGCGGAAAGCCUAAGAACAUGAAAUACUUGAAUGUUUGAAGCGGACACGUGGUCAGGACUCAGCUGGUGGCGGUUGCUACUGUGGAUUAAAAGGCAGCCGAGUAUUUUACAUCAAACAUUCUGCAUUUCUAUGUCCCGGAGUGCUCAUUGACAGGAUUAUUAUGGCAAUUUCCAUUUAUUUCCCUUCCUUCAAUCUUCCUCCUCAUGGCACUGCAUGUCUCAUCCUACAGGAAAAAAAAACUAUAACAUGUAUCUGACAUGAUUUCCCAACUACUUGGGGUGAACGGUGAAAUUUACAUUGCUUUUCCCAUUUUGUGCACAGAGUGCUAUGUAUAAUGUCUGAAACCUAGCUCAGGAAAAAAAGCACGAGUCUGAUGGCAGGUCUGUAUGUGUUCAUCGUGACAGAUGGUUAUAGACACACAUUAAAGAAAGGGUAAUGUCUAGAAAGGAAGCUUAGUAAUUUUAAAUGGAACGCAGUCUACCCCACCUGUCAAAGAUUCAGCGGUAGGAGAAAGCGAUCACUGGAUGGUGAUCUAAAUGGUCUUAUUUGUUUGCAAAAUAUGUGACCAAAUAUUUCUUUGUUCUGUAAUAGAAAAGGAGAUUACUGAAUGCUGACUGUCUCAGUUGGGAGCUGCUAUGUUCAGUUUCAAAUUGAAUACUCAUCGAAGUAGAUGGCUUUCACUUCGAAACUUCAAAAGGACACUAAGCACUAAAACCACUACAUCUCGACAUCUCGCUAGAAGUACUCAAGGUUAGAUCGCCAAUGUAAAAGUGCAUGUCUGCGUUGGCUGCACCACAGCAGUGGGGUCAGACUCCAGGAGAGUCUUGUUUGAUCUGUCAAACCGCUUGAAAAUAGUUUGACACUUUCUGGGGGGAGGGGGGUGUUGGUUUGCACCAUAACCACCGCAAUGAACUGUAUUGACUACUGUUACCCUUUAGUAUGGCAUCAGUUCUGUAUUGUGUCUACACUAAUACUCCAUAUAACUGCACGCAUAGUCUGUUUGGACUGAAAAUCAACUAAUUCAGAAAGAGGUCAUGAAAUUAAAAUCUCGUAAUAAUCUGUAACCAUCGAAGUACUGGAGGGGUGCCCAAGACAUUGCAAAGCAAUGUGCUGACCAUUCCUUGGGUGCUUAUAGAACUAAAUAUCUGGUGCUUACAAAUUUUUAUAGCAAACUUGUUUCUAUAAAAAAUGCCUUUUGUUUUUUUUGAGUUGUUUUUGUUUUUAGGAAGGGUAAAUUCAAACUUCCACCUAGGCAUUAUUUUUACGAACACAGUGAAUUGUGUACAUUUAAAAAUGCAAUUGGCUUAAUGUGAGCAAAGUUGUCAACAUUGUCCAUCUGUAUUUUGCUUUACAGAUUGCAAGAGAGAUUUUAAGAGCUUAAUUCUUUGGAAACAUCUAAAACAAGCUGGGAGAUUGUAGGAUCCACCAUUUCAUGAAUCACAAUUCCCAUAAUCCACAUGCAGUAAAAAAAAAUUAAAAAAAUUGCUCCAAUAAACACCCUCCAUGCUGUGUGCUGGGCCACGUGUUUCCUGCCAACUCCUGCUGCAUCUGUUAAUCGAUCAUAAUGAAUAAUUCAUUUAAUUGGCUUGUUUUUGGGGUUUUUUUUCCAAUAAAUUUUAGGAGCCCAAAAAAUUCUAGAAUGUACAGGUUUUUAAAGAAACAUGUGCUGGGUCCAGAAUUAUGGGAAU